AUGAGGGACAUGGAUGAUUUGCGAGGUCAGCUAGAUGCCCAGGGCCGGGAAGUGGAGAAGUUCAAGCUUCUGUUGCAAGAGAAAAAGGAGCGGUUGCAGUGGAAUGGGGACCUGGUAGUCUUUGGUGCCGAGCUCAAGGAGGCUAAAAAGGAAAACCUCCAGUCAAUGAAAGACGUCGAGCUUCUUACCGAGAAGAACCGAGUCCUUGAGGCGGACCAUGCUCAUUUUAUUCAUGAAACUAUAGCCUCGGCCAAGAAAAUCGAGGAGCAAGGGGCCAUAAUUACUGGGUUAAGGCAAGAGAUCGAGUCUCUUAAGGCCGAAGCUACCAACGCUGGCCAGAGGCUUGCCCAAUUCGAAGUCGAAAGGGCUUCCGAGCAAGAAGUUCUGAGGGUGGCUCAAGAGAAAGUGAAAAAUCGAGCCAAGGCCAACGAGGAGCUAAGGGUUGAGCUCGAAAUUUCUACUAACGCCCUCAAGACCCUCAGACAAAACGCUUCUGAAUUAUCGGCCCAACUUCAACAGAUUUUGGCCAAACGAGAGCAAGCCCGUGUCGAUGUCGACAUAGCGAAGGCUCGGUCUGUGUUAAAGAUGGAGCACAUUAAAUGGAAUUCUUGGAGGCUAACUCUGGAAGAAGCUCAGGCCGAACUCGAUGGUAUUGCUGCUGAAAUCGAAGAGGCAAAGUCCAUUGAAGAUAGCGCGCUGAGGGCGCUUCUUAGGGAUAGCUUGGAGGAUGAUCCCGAGGAUUCCUGCUCCGUAGGUUCUGAAUCUUCUCUGGAGGACUAG